AUGCUGCUCCGGGACCUGGUGCUGCGCCGCGGCUGCUGCUGGCCCUCACUGCUGCUGCACUGCGCGCUCCACCCGCUCUGGGGCUUCGUGCAGGUGACACAGGGCGAGCCCCAGAAGUCCUGCUCCAAGGUGACUGACAGGACCCUCAGAGUCCUCACCUAUAAGAUGGUACCAUGUCACCGCGAUGGUGCACCUCUGACGCGGCCAGGUCCCGCUCGUCCGGGGAGACUCAGGCUGCCCCUCUCUCUUUCAGCUCCCAGCUCUACCUCGUGCCCCGCGGAGGAGAGCUGGUGGUCAGGGCUGGUGAUCGUCAUCGCGGUCUGCUGUGCCUCCCUGCUGUUCCUCACUGUGCUGGUCAUCAUUUGCUACAAAGCCAUCAAGCGGAAACCCCUGAGAAAGGAGGAGAAUGGCACCAGCGUUGCGGAGUACCCCAUGACGACCUCGCAGAGCAACAAGGGCGUGGACGUGAACAACGCCGUGGUGUGAGUGUGGCCCGGACCGCUGGCCCGAGGGCACCUCGGUGGCGCUAGUGGACAGGAGCUGACACUGCGCUUGUCCAGGACGUCAUUGCCUUGCCCGCCUCGAGCCUCACAAAGGAGAAAGCAUUCUCUUCCAGCCAUGCCCUGGGGCAGGGGGAGCGCAGCCCCGGGCCAGCCGGCUGCCUGCAUGCAGCCUCCGGGCACCACCCCCAGGCUCCCCGCACCUCUCACCUUGUGUUCCAGCUGCUGUCUCCCAGCUACUGUCUAAAACACACGCUCUGUCGAAGGCAGAGGGUCUGUCUGUCCGCCGAGUUGGGGGAGGCGUCCCCCUUUAGCCCAAAGAAAGGCAAUCCAGGGGCCACUUCCCUGCCAGGAAACCUCACCUCGCCCCCAGGAAGCCCGCCUGCGGCUCCGUUGACUGUGCCCUUCCCAACAGAAGCCAUCGGCACAGCCAGGAGACGUCCCCUUUCUAAGGUGCUUCCCACACACCUGUCUGUCGCCCCACCUGCUAUCGUCUUCAGCCUUCAGGGCCGUCUUCUCCCCCUGUCCCCACCCGCACCCUGGGCCCCUGGGUCCCGCCUGACUCCCCAGUCCUGCCACGGAGGGCUGAGUCCGGACUGCAAAGUCCCCUCCCUAGGAACUGACCCGUCCGUGUGAGCCAGGUCCUGCCUUCAUCGGCAGGGGCCACCACCGUGCCAAACCCGCUGCGGGCGUCUGGCUGGGCCGAGCGGCCUGGCGCUGGCUCCCCGAUGCUUCCUUCCCUGCAGCCCUGACCGGGGACUCAGAGCCUCUCCUGACAGUCCCAGGCCUCCCUUCUUCCAGGAGAUGGCGUGCCUCGGUGGCUACCUGGAGUCUCUUUCCGAGCUCUUAGGUUCUAAAAGUGCCGAACCCUCCACCGUGGUUGGUGGAUGACGGGAAGGAAAGGGUGACAGGCGAGGGACCCUGCAGGCCUGUUGCCCAGGAGGCCACCCACCCCUGUGGGCACAUCACUCGGCCAGGGAGACAGUGGCCCUGUGGGUUUGCAUCCCCUGGUGGAUUGGGAGAGCGCCCUGACCCGUGGUUCCCUCACCACCACACCCUCGCUAGGAAGGGACCAGACGCGUUCAAUGGUCCCGCUGUCUGGCCAGGGAGCAAUGCGGGUGGACCCAGUCCGCCUCGCAAACUACCAGUGGUUCCGUGGAGGGCUUGGGGCUGCAGGCGAGACCUUCACAUCGAGGUGAGACGGACGGACUGAAAUCCAGUCCCCACUGGGGCUGAACCUUGACACACCCAUUGUCCGGAGCCCUGUGCCCACUGAGCUGUCUGUUCCGCUCAGGGCAGAGGUGAGUGUGCUCUGACCCUGACCCUAACCCUGACCCUGUCCUGCUCCAGGUCAGCAGGGACGGGCUGAGGACAGGCCGGGGAUCCCCUCCCAGGAAGGGUUGUUUCUUCUCAGUUUCCCUUCUGUGUGAGGAUUUGCUUGGGGUUUGGAUCUGGUUUUGCUUUCCCUGCACACCCCAGCAUGGCACGGUGCCACCGUGGCCUUCAUUCUUGCCCCCGGCCUGGUGAGCACCUCCCAGUUCUCCUGCUGGAUGCCAUCACUUUCCCCGGGGAUGCACCCCUGGGUGACAGGCCAGAGAAUGUGGGUGCUCAGCAGGCAGACCCCACUCCAGCGCAAUCCUCCCACCGCUGGCACGGCCUCUGAGUCCCCUGCCUGGUCCCUGAGCAGAUGACUAGCAGGACCCCGGCCCUGAGCACAUGCCACCCUGAGCUCAGAAGUGAUGGAGGGCACCUUCGGCCAGAGCGGGGAUCCUGGCUAAGGGGUCCUGGAGAGGAUCAAGGGGGGCAGGCAGACCCACUGAUCCCAGCUUCCCUGACCUUGAUUUAAACCUAAAAGCCCAGAUUUUGCAAUUAGUCUAAUCGGCCGACCCCCAGCGAACCAUCCACCAGGCUUUGGGGGCCCCUGUCUCCUUCCCGGGGACACAGCCAGAGCUCUGAAAAGCUAACCGUGGAGAGCAAAUUCCCCCAAGUUGGGUUUGUCCCAUCUCUUCCCUGGGGUGUGCAGGGAAAACAAGAGAAGAGCUUUUUUUAAAGGAUUUUUUUGAGAAUCCCCCAACCCAAGAGCCAGUCCUUCGGAGACAGCUCUCAGGGUGCAGCGAGAGAACCCCGCGGAUCUCAGCCUAGGCGACAAGCGUCCAUCCAGCCGCUCCAGCCUGGCGUCGAGCUUAGAACGUUUACGUCAGGAACGUGCCUGUGACCCCCAGACAGACCCGUCCUCAGCCUCCUCCAGACGGGGAGGCCGAGAACGAGACGCAUUCCUUCUCUGCAGUCUCUCUAACAGAUCUUUCCAGCCAUGUCGCCUGGCGGAGCCCAGCUUUAGAACGGCAGAUAGGACCUCCCAGAGUCUUCAGGUGUUAACGUAGGAGCUUCUAGGGCAGGGGUGGGAGGUCCCACCCCUCUCCCGCCCAGGGCCAUUUGGAUAUUUACAACAUCCGUUCACAGGCCACCCAAAAUCAUCAACGUAAAAAUGAGCCUGCUGUAUGCGGCCAAACAUUUCAUUAACUCACCCCUGAUGCCUUGGCAGGGCCACACCCAACGGUUUUGCGGGCCUCAAUGGCUCCUUCCCCACCCCUGUUCUAAAGCAAGUUUUGGAAGAAAGACUAAUGGCUGUAAAAAUAUAAACAUAUAUAGUUAUAUAUAUUUAAAGAGAUACCAAUAUAUACGCAAAAUUACUGUACUCUACGAACCCGUGCAGAGUGUGACUUGCGUGGUUCCUAAUGCAUGAGUGUAAAUAUCUGCGACCUGCCUUCCUACCGGUGCCGGGCACACGGGAAGCCGGCUCCUGGCCUCCGUCCGUCUCAGUGGGCGUGUGGGCGCCCAUCCGUCCACCGAGGAGCCCAUGGUGUCAAUUUUGUGCUGAGACUUUGCACACGAAGUAGGACCGGCAGCGUUUGGGGGGGAGGGAGGAGAGCUGUUUGUUAAUUACGGGGAAGAAAGCAUCAUGCCUUUUUUAUUUUCAAUAAAAACGUACUUGUAAAGAUG